ACAAACCAAAUGCUAGUGGUCCCUCCACACCUGCAGCUCCGAGAGGGAAGUCUGUCACCCACACCCACCAUAACCCGCAUAGUCAUUCACUGUGGCGCCUCCUGAGACAGAGCUCAGUAGGAAGGAGUGGACUUAGCAAGGACAUGGACCUUAGUGUAGGUGCAUUUAUUUUGGGACAACCCAGGCAGAGGUUUAGGGUGAAAGGUGCCCAGCCUGGAGGAGUGUGGCUGAUAGCAGACCCAGGGGGAAUUGCUUUGUUUGUUUCAAUCCAAAUCUGGAGUGAAUCAUUGAUAAGUGUCAAGGUGAAAUGGCAAAUCUGGGCUUCCUGUGGUCCAAAGGUGUGUGACUGGAAAUCCACUGGAGAGCUGGCGGUUGCAGCUGGCUGGAGGACAGCCUUCGGUAUUACAGACGUGUUUAGGGAUCCCUUCCAUGAGGGAAGAGGAGCGGGUUUAUAAAUAAACCUCACGUGUGCCUUCAGCAUUCUUUUUCACUGGAGACCAAUAAUUGAACGAUUGUUAGGAUCAAUUUAGUCUAUCUCUCUCUGGCUAUUUUGAGUUGGAACAGGGAGAGGAGGAAAUAGGUUCUUUUGUCUUUUUCUGUCCUCUCCCUUCCCCCGUUUUCUAACCCCCUAUCCCCACUCACUCACAUACAUACACACCUAACCUUGAAGCCGAUGAGAUUGAGUGACGGGCACUUGGGACCACAGAGAAUUGUCAGAGUGUUUGGUUACAGACUCAAGGAAACCUCUCAUGUUAGUGCUCAUUUGGUUUUAAGCAGAAUUUUGGACUGUGAAUCAAGGCAUUGGGUGAAGACAAAAUGGCCUCGCCGGCUGAUAGCUGUAUCCAGUUCACCCGCCAUGCCAGUGAUGUUCUUCUCAACCUUAAUCGCCUCCGGAGCCGGGACAUCUUGACUGAUGUUGUCAUAGUGGUGAGCCGUGAGCAGUUUAGAGCCCAUAAGACAGUCCUCAUGGCCUGCAGUGGCCUGUUCUACAGCAUCUUCACAGACCAGUUGAAAUGCAACCUUAGUGUGAUCAACCUGGAUCCUGAGAUUAACCCUGAGGGGUUCUGCAUCCUCCUGGACUUCAUGUACACAUCUCGGCUCAACCUGCGGGAGGGCAACAUUAUGGCCGUGAUGGCCACAGCUAUGUACCUGCAGAUGGAGCAUGUCGUGGACACUUGCCGGAAGUUUAUCAAGGCCAGUGAAGCAGAGAUGGUUCCUCCCAUCAAGCCUCCCCGUGAAGAGUAUCUGAACAACAGAAUGCUGAUGCCCCAAGACAUCAUGGCCUAUCGGGGCCGUGAGGUGAUGGAGAACAACCUGCCACUGAGGAACCCCCCUGGGUGUGAGAGCAGAGCCUUCGCCCCCAGCCUGUACAGUGGCCUGUCCACACCGCCAGCGUCUUACCCCGUGUACAGCCACCUCCCCGUCAGCAGCUUCCUCUUCUCCGAUGAGGAGCUGCGGGAUGCCCGGAUGCCUGUGGCCAACCCCUUCCCCAAGGAGCGGACCCUCCCUUGCGAUAGUGCCAGGCCAAUGCCUGGGGAGUACAGCCGGGUGGCCAUGGAGAUGCCCCCAAGUGUGUGCCACAGCAUCUACUCACCCAAGGAGGUGGCCCCAGAGGAGGCACGGAGUGACAUGCACUACAGUGUGGCCGAGGGCCCCAAGCCAGCUGCCCCUUCAGGCCGGAAUGUCCCAUACUUCCCCUGUGAUAAAUCUGGCAAGGAGGAAGAGAGACCCUCCUCAGAGGAUGAAAUCGCCCUGCACUUCGAGCCCCACAAUGCCCCCCUAAACCGGAAGGGUCUGGUUAGUCCCCAGAGCCCCCAGAAGUCCGACUGCCAGCCCAACUCGCCCACAGAGUCCUGCAGCAGCAAGAACGCCUGCAUCCUUCAGACCUCUGGCUCCCCUCCAGCCAAGAGCCCCACCGACCCCAAAGCCUGCAACUGGAAGAAAUACAAGUUUAUUGUGCUCAAUAGCCUCAACCAGAAUGCCAAGCCCGAGGAGCCCGAGCAGGCCGAGCUGGGCCGCCUUUCCCCUCGGGCCUACCCUGCCCCACCGGCCUGCCAGCCACCCAUGGAGCCGGAGAACCUUGACCUCCAGUCUCCAGUGAAGCUCAGUGCCAGUGGGGAGGACUCCACCAUCCCACAGGCCAGCCGGCUCAAUAACAUCGUCAACAGGUCUCUGACAGGCUCCCCCCGCAGCAGCAGCGAGAGCCACUCACCCCUCUACCUGCACCCCCCGAAGUGCACGUCCUGUGGCUCUCAGUCCCCUCAGCACACGGAGAUGUGCCUCCACACCACCGGCCCCACGUUCCCGGAGGAGAUGGGAGAGACCCACUCUGAGUACUCGGAUUCCAGCUGUGAGAAUGGGGCCUUCUUCUGCAAUGAGUGUGACUGCCGCUUCUCUGAGGAGGCCUCGCUCAAGAGGCACAUGCUGCAGACCCACAGUGACAAACCCUACAAGUGUGACCGCUGCCAGGCCUCUUUCCGCUACAAGGGCAACCUUGCCAGUCACAAGACCGUCCAUACAGGUGAGAAACCCUAUCGUUGUAACAUCUGUGGGGCCCAGUUCAACCGACCGGCGAACCUGAAAACCCACACUCGAAUUCACUCUGGAGAGAAGCCCUACAAAUGUGAAACCUGCGGAGCCAGAUUUGUACAGGUGGCUCACCUCCGUGCCCACGUGCUUAUCCAUACUGGCGAGAAGCCCUAUCCGUGUGAAAUCUGUGGCACCCGUUUCCGUCAUCUGCAGACUCUAAAGAGCCACCUGCGAAUCCACACGGGAGAGAAACCUUACCAUUGCGAGAAGUGUAACCUGCAUUUCCGUCACAAAAGCCAGCUGCGUCUCCACUUGCGCCAGAAGCAUGGCGCCAUCACCAACACCAAGGUGCAAUACCGCGUGUCUGCCACCGACCUGCCCCCAGAGCUGCCCAAGGCCUGCUGAAGCAUGGAGUGUUGACGCUUUCCAUUCAAGCCCCUUCUCAGAAUCUACCCAAAGGAUACUGUAACACUUUACAGCAUUCAUCCCAUGAUGUAGUGCCUCUUUCAUCAACUAGUGCAAAUCAUAGCUGGGUAUGGGGGGUGGGGGUGGGGGGGAGGUGUGGGGACUGGGAGCCAAGGCAGCUCCCCUUCCCCCACUGCCAUCCAACAUUAAGAAAAUAAUAUUGCUUCUUCUCCUAUGUGCAAGGCAAACCAUGUCAGCAAAAAAGCAGAAUCAUUUUGUACAGCCAAGUGGGGAAGUAGGCAAAAGCUCUGACUUGACUUAGUCUGCAAAAUGAGGAAUGUAUAUGUUUUGUGGGAACAGAUGUUUCUUUUGUAUGUAAAUGUGCUUUCUUUUAAAAGCAGAGACUUCGGUAUGUUAUCAGAGGGCUUUAAUUUUUUUAACCAAAGGUGAAGGAAUAUAUGGCAGAGUUGUAAAUAUAUAAAUAUAUAUAUAUAAUAAAUAUAUAUAAACCUAAAAAAGAUAUAUUAAAAAUAUGACAUUGCGUUAAAGGCUCGAUUUUGUAUCUGCAGGCAGACACGGAUCUGAGAAUCUUUAUUGAGAAAGAGCACUUAAGAGACUAUUUUAAGUAUUGCAUCUGUUUAAGUAAGAAAAUAUUUUGUCUAAAAUGCCUCAGUGUAUUUGUAUUUUUUUGCAAGUGAAGGUUUACAAUUUACAAGUGUGUAUUAAAAAAAAAAAAAAAAAAAAAAAAAAAAAAAAAGCUAUGGAAGGAAAAAAUGUGUUUUGUUCUAGUUUCCGGUUUGUAUAUACCUAUACAACGUGUCCUACGGUGCCUUUUUCAUGGAAGUUUUCAACGAUGGAUCGGCGAGCGCUCCAUCCCUUUCUGAAGUGUAGGCAGACACAGGGCCUGGAAGUUGUGGCUAACAGCCUCUUUGGUAAUGUUUGUCUCAUCCAUCACAUUCUGCGUCGUGCUUGUGUUAGAACUGCUCCGGAGACAGGGUUUGGCUGUGUCUAAACUGCAUUACCGCGUUGUAACAUAUAGCUGUACAAAUACAAGAAUAAAAUGUUGAAAAGUUGA